CUUCUCUGUCUCUACUGUAGAUUUUUAAAAACAGAGAGAUAGAGAGUGUAGAGAGAGAAACCAAAGCACUUGGGGGAAAAAGGGGGGCAAAGAAAGGUACAUUUGAGGGAAUGAGUAAAGCAAAAACUAUUUGUGAUUGCUGUUAUUAGGGUUUUCUUCAAGUCUUGGGCUUUAGAGAGAGAGAGAGAGAGAGAGAGAGAGAGAGAGAGAGAGGUUUAAUUCACAUUGGAAGCCAAAACCCAUUUUCAAAAUUUGAAAAAGGAAAAGGUUAUCUCAAAGACCCGGUAGUGGGAACCAGAAGAAGAAGAAGAAGAAGCUGCUGUGUAUAUACAAAGGGAAUAUGGUAGCAAAAUGCUGGCACCCAUUUGAUCAAAUCGGGGGAUCCGAUUAAGCAAUCAGAGAUCUUUGUGAGAUUGAGCUCCAGAAUGCUGAGGGUCUGCGGCAUUCGGGGCUGAAGAUUACAUCUGUUUAUGAAGAGGCAUUUGGAGAGGUAAAAGAACUAGGGUGGAGAAGAAAAUGAAAUCUGAAACGCCUCUUGAUUAUGCAGUAUUCCAGUUGUCACCAAAGCAUUCAAGAUGUGAAUUAUAUGUUUUUAGUAAUGGAAACACUGAGAAGCUGGCUUCUGGUUCAAUUAAGCCAUUUGCAACCCAUUUGAAGGUUGUAGAAGAGCAGGUUGCAAUUGCAGUUCAGUCUAUUAAACUUGAGGUUCAGAAACGUAAACAUGCUGAGAAAUGGUUCACAAAAGGAACACUUGAAAGGUUUGUGCGGUUUGUUAGUACACCGGAGGUGCUAGAACUGGUCAAUACCUUUGAUGCAGAAAUGUCUCAAUUGGAAUCAGCCCGGAAAAUAUAUUCUCAGGGAAUGGGAGGUCAACCUUCUGGUGCAAUGGGUGCGGAUGGAACAGGUAUCACAGCAGCCGCAGAUGCAACAAAGAAGGAGCUUUUAAGGGCUAUUGAUGUACGGCUCAGUGCGGUAAGGCAGGAUCUGUCUACAGCUUGUGCUCGUGCAUCUGCUGCUGGUUUCAACCCUGAUACAGUCUCUGAACUACAGCUAUUUGCUGAUCAGUUUGGUGCCCAUCGGUUACAUGAAGCAAGCACAAAGUUUAUAUCUUUGUGGGAGAGAAGAUCAGAGCUGAUCAGCCCAUGGCAGCCAGGUGUCGAUGACAGACUCGUCCGAGCCUCAUGUGAGUCUGACAUGUCAAUCGAUGACCCUACCGAAGACACAACUGGAUUCCAUCUAGAUGAUUCAUCAAAGCCAUCCACGUGUCAACUGCCCAAGUCCCUGGCCAGUAAUUUUCCCACGCAACAACGUUGUAACAACGUAACUGAGGAAGACAGAGACGGCGACAAGACCAAGAAGGUGGAGGAGCCUCAGACCGCCGAGCCAACAUUGGCGAGUCAACAACCUGCGAGAAGGCUCAGCGUCCAGGACCGUAUCAAGCUCUUUGAGAAUAAGCAGGACAGUCCCAGCGGUGGUAAACCCGUUGUUGCCAAACCUGGGGAGCUCCGGAGGCUGUCUUCUGAUGUGUCAUCGGUGCCUGCGGCGGCCGUGCUUCGGAGGUGGAGCGGUGCUAGUGACAUGAGCAUUGAUUUGAGCGCUGAGAAGAAAGACGGUGAGAGCCCCUUGUGCACACCAUCCUCUGUUUCCUCUGUUCCACUUUCGAGGGGAAAUAGUAUUGUGUCUAGUGUGUUAGAGGAUAAGGACCACAAGGCGCUAAAUGACUCGGCAGAUUCGAGUGUUUCUGGGAGAGUUGGCCAUCCUGUGUUGAAAGAUCAAGCUGAGGGGCAGACUCGGGCCAGGGCUUUAGGUGAAGAGGAGGUGGGGUCAAAGGUGAGGAAUAAUUUGAAGGCGCAGGUGAGUUCUCAGACCCCAUCCAAGUCUUCCAUUGGGAAAACAGAGGAGAUUGAGCCAAGUGAUCAAGGAAUUUCUCUAGAGAAGUUGAAUAUAUCUUCGGGUAGCAAAGAGAGAAGUGGUGGGUUUAAAGAUCAAGCCGGUUUGGAGACACGGUCAACAGGUUUUUCAAAUCAAGCCGAGGUUGCUGAUGGGAAGAACCAAGUUGGGGGUGCUGCAUCUGACGGUGGAACUGUGAAUAAAGUGGAGGAUUCUAGAUCAAGAGAUCAGUCAAUGACUCAGUUACAUCCUAGAGGAUUCCGGGGUCAUACUCGAUCUUUCUCGGGGCAGUUUGAGGGUGGUUUCGGACGAAAACCUGAAGAAGCUUCUUCAGGGCAGUUCAAAGUCGAGCCUGAUCAGCUACCUCCCCAGCCUCUAUUGAGAUCUUAUUCUAGAGAGGUUGAGGAGGUGGGCAAAAAUGACUUGACAUCAUCAGAUAAGCAACAACUAAAAGUGGAUAAUUCUAUUACUCAGAAAAUGAAAAUCCAGAAACCUGCAUCUGCCAGUCGUGAACAGAAUAAAAGAUCACAGGGGAGGAGAGAUGACGGUGGAAACAGCAAGUUGGAUUUUGUGGUUGAUAAAGGUUCAGGGAAUCAAGAGAGCUUUGCUACAAUGUCCACACCAGUAGAACAAGUUCAGAGAGUAAGACAGACCAAGGGAAAUCAGGAACUCAAUGAUGAACUUAAACUUAAAGCAAAUGAGCUUGAAAAGCUUUAUGCAGAGCACAAACUUAGGGUUCCUGGGGAUCAGUCUAGUUCCGCUCGUAGAAGCAAACCUGUGGAUUUGAAGGAGGAGGCAGUAAGUUCACAACAUAGGAAGCCAGCAGUGGAGGAGAUUCCUCCAGCACAAUCUGUUGACACCACCACAGUCAUAAAAUCUGUGGGUAGUUCUAGUAAUUUGGCAAACUUCAAUACUCCACCAUUGAAGGGACCAAGUAACCAGGAUUUUGGACAUACUUUGAAGCAGAAUUUCUCCGAUGCUGGAUUCUCUCUUGAUUCUAAAGGAAAAUUUUAUGAGAGGUACAUGCAGAAAAGAGAUGCUAAGCUGAGAGAAGAAUGGGUUUCCAAAAGAGAAGAAAAGGAGGCCAAGCUGAAGGCUAUGGAAGAUAGCCUUGAACGAAGUAGGGCAGAGUUAAAUGCCAAAUUUUCAGGGUCAGCAGACAGACAGGAUUCAGUUUCCAGUGCGCGUCGACGCGCAGAGAAGCUCAGAUCAUUUAAUUUUCGAUCUAAUAUGAAAAUGGAGCAGCCAUUAGAGUCCAACCCCUGGACUCCAACCGCAUCAGCCCCUCGUUCAGCGGCCAAAGUUUCCAACCUUAGUUCAGGGCGGCGAAGAUUAGAAUCAGAUAAUCCUCUUGCACAAUCAGUUCCAAACUUUUCUGAUCUAAGGAAAGAAAAUACAAAGCCCUCUUCUGGAGUUAGCAAAGUAGCUGCUCGCUCACAGGUCAGAAGCUAUUCCCGCAGCAAGAGUAAUAGUGAAGAGUCAGCAAUGGUCAAGGAUGAGAAGUCACGGCAUUCUCAGUCCUUGAGGAAAAGUUCUGCUAAUCCUGUAGAAUUCAACACCUUGUCGCCAAUGAACUCUGAUGGUGUUGUGUUGGUGCCAUUAAGAUCUGAGAAAGAGCAAACUGAGCAGCGCCAUUUUGACAAAUUUCCAGAAACUGUGGAGUCAAUAUCCUAUCUGAGGAAGGGUAAUAUGAUAGGUACUGGUUCUGGAGUUGGCAUUUCUAAGCUGAAAGGUUUCAUGGGAUCCGACGCUGUGAACAUUGAAGAAGAAUUUGAUGAAUUGGCCUUUGAGGCAGAAGAUGCAGUAGAUAUGGCCAAAGAAGAAGAAGAGGAUGAAGAAGAACUUGAAAUGAUGGAAGUUGAGGACGAUGAUGAUAUGGAUAAUGGCAAACCAAGAUCCAGCAAGGAAUCUGAAAAGUCUGGUAACUCUGGGUCUGGUAAUGUCAAUUCUGUAAGAUCUCUUUCUCACGCAGACCCCACAUCUGUUGCUGAGUUGCCUGCUGCCAUGUCUUCAACAUUUCAUGCUGUGGGGUCUUUGCCAGGCUCACCGGGGGAGAGCCCCAUGUCAUGGAACUUACAGAUGCAUCAUCCAUUUUCCUACCAACAUGAGACAUCUGAUAUCGAUGCCUCCGUAGACUCUCCAAUGGGGAGCCCUGCUUCUUGGAAUUCUCAUGGUCUUAGCCAAACAGAUGUAGAUGCAGCUCGAAUGAGGAAGAAAUGGGGAAGUGCUCAGAAACCUAUUCUUGCUACUAAUUCAUCUCAAAAUCAGUCACGCAAGGAUAUGACCAAAGGAUUUAAACGAUUAUUAAAGUUCGGAAGAAAAAGUCGUGCGACAGAUAAUAUGGCCGACUGGAUUUCUGCUACAACUUCUGAAGGAGAUGAUGAUACAGAAGAUGGGCGGGAUCUUGCCAACCGAUCGUCAGAAGAUUUGAGGAAGUCAAGAAUGGGAUUUGCACAGGGUCCCGAUGACAGCUUCAAUGAAAUCGAGUUCAAUGAAAGGGUUCAAGCAUUGAGCUCUAUUCCAUCACCUCCGGUGAACUUUAAACUGAGGGAGGAGCAUAUUUCUGGAAGCUCAUUGAAAGCUCCAAGAUCAUUCUUCUCACUCUCGUCGUUCAGAAGCAAGGGAAGCGACUCAAAGUUGAGAUAAGUCCACUUAGACAAUACCCCAUCACAAGUGCUUGGAUCGUUCAAGGUAAGGUGUAAAGGGUGAUCAGUUCUAAGAUACGAAAGGAUUGACUAAGCACGAUUCAGCCAUCUAGUAUAAGAUCGAAGAUGGGAUUAUGUAUAUUUGGAUUCACCAGGCUUGGUCAUUUAGUUAGCUAUAUAUGAUGAUAGUUGUGUUCAAAUUGUGGUGUAUAUCCUAUUGAACAAUGAGUCAAUUAUUGGCCUAAUGCAGCUGGUUUUGGUAGUCUGGAGGCAUUCUUUUUUCUUCUCCCAUUUGGCGUAGUAGCCUUGUGAUGUUAUCUGCACUUCUGUUAGAAUCAGCACUGUUGACAGUGAGAAGAGUGAAAUGAUUAUCCGGAAUAGUAGCUUGUUACACAAA